UUUGGUCGCAAGCACUAUUUUAUACAGGUCUGUUGUCGGCAUGGGUGGCUUGAUCUAGUGAGCACCCUGCAACCGAUUUAUUUGUCGCCAGAGUUUGUUCAAGUAGAACGACAUCUAUCCAGUGCUUCGUUUGUGCAUCCUAAAGCGCCAGGCUGCGGGCUGCCAAUUAAUCCCAUCGUUCACUCUAACGUCCAUCUCCCUCUUCUCCUUUAUUGUCUCUGACGCUCGCAACAUCUCCUACCCACAAUGUCAGCUCAGCGUCAGGCCUCGUCUGCUUCCCAGACCCCGCUCAUCUCUCCCGCAGAGCUUUCCUACCUCUACACCUCGCUGUCUCUCCCCGAUGGCCCGAUUCGCCCAGAUGGUCGCUCAGCUACGCAAUUCCGACCCUUGACUGCAGAGACAGAUAUUCUUCCGGGCACCAACGGUAGCGCGCGCGUCGGUUUCGCAGAUGGUACCCAGGCCAUCGUCGGAGUCAAGGCCGAGGUGGAAAAGACCGUUGUUGCCGCAGAAGCCCUGAAUCUAUCACAACAUACCCAAGAGGAAUAUGCCGAUAAUGAAGGUGGUGAGGGGAAACAAUCGUCUAGCGCUGGACAUGGAUCAUGGGUGCAAAUGUCUAUUGAGAUUCCCGGAUUCCGGGACGAUGAUGCCUUGCCGGUUUUCUUGUCGGAAAUGAUGCGCGAGCCUCUGGUUGAAUCGGUCGCGGGUGGGCAAGGUGGAGAUGGUGAAAUGGCGGGUGGUUUGAAGGGUCGAUUGGUGAUCAAUAAGCGCUGGCAUUGGCGGUUGUACAUUGAUGUGCUACUUCUGUCUCAGCCUUUGUCGUACCCGCUUCCUUUGCUCUCUCUUACGACUCAUCUGGCGCUUUUGUCGACUAAGCUUCCCAAGCUCAAGUCCAAGGGAGAGGAAGAUCCCUUCUUUGACGAUGAUUGGAAUGCCGCCGAAUACCUAUACCCCCGUUCACAGCUGAAGUCUCAUCUAUCCUCGACGCAACAAGUUCGGCCUCCUGUGACUCUACUUGUCAUUUCGGUGGGCGACAAUGUUGUUUUCGAUCCCAACAGGGAAGAAAUCGCUGUCGCGGAUACUGUUCUGGCUGUGUCUGUCACCCGUGACACCGACUCUGAGGGCCUGAAGCUGCUCUCUAUCCGCACCGUCGACCCUCCAUCCCGUCUCACGCAACCGGGUGUACCGAACUCGGAGAACCUGGCGACACUGGGCUCCACUGCGGCUGCUGAAGAGGCGGCUUUGUUGGAACCAUCCACCGGCGAAGAGGUCUCGGGAGUCUGGAGACCGCGACGUGGUGGUGUUAAGAGGCGCACGAUCGCCAAGAUGCUCAAACUAGUUCUGGAGAAGGGAGGUGUUGGCGAAGAGGUUCUUGAGGGUCUGGAGGGUGUCCAGGUGGGCUGAACCAACUGUAUUGGCCACCAGCCGGGUCCCAGCCCGAAAUCCUUGCCUCAGUUUGCAUAUACCUGUCGCACGAUGGAUUGAAGUGUCCAAAUGACCGGGACGGUCGACGAACUUACCGCCAACCACACCACGAGCGUGGAGGUUGGAAACAUCCUACGCGUUUGCUGAAGAUACAGAUGUCGACGAAGCUCGAAUCUACGACAGCGAACAGGCGAGCUUGAGACGAGAUGAAGCAAAUCAAUGAUAUAUCGCCAUGAAGAUAGGGCAACCGACUAGAACCCAACUUGUACAUAGCAGAGCACGAAAGGGCAUAAAGGACAAUCAAAGGCUAAUAUACAAUCUCCAUAACCGGUCUUCACAUGAUAAUUCCACGACAUCUAGUUAAACCAGGGAAAGCCCACGGG